AUGGCAGCGUCACCUACACCACUAUCCGAGUCAUCUAUCAAGACUCGCUUCCUCAUCCUCUCAGACACCCACGGCAUGGAGUUCCCGCCGGAAAGCCAGCCGCAUUGCCAUGCCGACGUUGCCAUCCACUGCGGCGACUUAACCGAAGAGUCCAAGCUCGCAGAAUUUAGAACAUCUCUCCAGGUUUUGAAGAGCAUCGACGCCUCCCUCAAGCUCGUCAUUGCCGGAAACCACGACUUCACUUUGGACAUACCGAUGUUCAAGAAGAAAGUCGCCGAAGCCAGGCCACCAUUGGAACCAGACCUCGUGGCAAGGGAGUACGGCGUAUUCGGGGAGGCGAGAGAAUUGUUGGAUCAGGCAAACGACGCAGGAAUCGUCUUCUUGGACGAGGGCACUCACCGAUUUAUUCUCAAGAACGGGUCAGCAUUGACCGUCUAUGCCAGCCCGUACACGCCCUCACUUGGCGAUUGGGGAUUUGAGUACAAUCCACAAAAGGGGCACAAAUUUUCCGUGGAAAAGGGGACGGAUAUAGUCAUCACCCACGGCCCUCCAAAGGGGAUCAUGGAUCUAACGGACGCGCGAGAGAGAGCCGGCUGCCCGGAUUUGUUCGCCGCCGUGGCCCGAACUCGCCCGAGCUUGCACUGCUUUGGCCACAUCCACGAAGGCUGGGGAGCGAGACUGGUGACGUGGAGAGAGAAAAUAAGCGAUACUCCUUCUCAUUUUACAGAUAUAGACAACGGCAAGUCGGUUGUCGUCGAGAGCCUAGCCGGAUUCAAGAGGUCCAAAUUUUACGACGACAAAACGGCUCGGGGGCAGGCGGAUAAGGCCAGAUCAUGCGCCAAGGCAAGAUGCUGCCACACGAGCCAUUGCAGCGGAGACGAGCAUAGCCUCGAGAUGGGAUACCAGACUCUCUUCGUCAAUGCAGCGAUCAAGGGCGACGAGGGGCAGCCGAUGCAGCUUCCGUGGCUGGUGGAUAUCGAGCUCCGCCCUGCUAGACCAAACGGAGAAAAUCGUGUUUAG